CAAAACCUAGCUCCAUGAUGUAUAAAUUAACCUCUCGGCGGAAAAUAAUGCUAGAUAUGGUAACGAUGGCGGCACCCUUUCUGCGGCGCUCGCUCGCUCACUCAGAGGCUUAUAAGUACUCACUCGACUUCAGGGGCAACACGUGCAGUCAGUCAUCCAGCAAGCUCACCGUCCAUCAAGCCAAGCAAUAACCCAGUCGCCCAGUCAGUCAGUCGGUCACCAUGGCUCACAGUCUGCUCAACGGACUCACCGCAGACUCACCUGAUGACGAGGAAUUCAGGUUCUCGUCAGACCUGAGCCUCGAGGACAUUCGCUCGGAGCAGCACCGGUUCUGCAUUGAGAGGGACUGGCUGAACCACCACCAGCCUCGGAGCGUCCUGCUGGCAAUGGUCGGGGAGGUCGGAGAGCUGGCAGAGCUGUUCCAGUGGCGUGGGGAGGUUUCCACAGGGCUUCCAGAGUUCUCCGCUCACGACAAGAUGCGUGUCGGCGAGGAGAUGAGCGACGUCCUGAUCUACCUCAUCGACCUCGCCAAGCAGUGUCGCAUUGAUCUCCCAUCCGCCGUGAAGGACAAGAUCCGAAAAAAUGCCCUCAAGUACCCGGCGAACAAGGUGUGUGGAAGCGCCGACAAGUACACAAGCUACAUGGACGAGGAGGAGUCUGCCGGUGGUGAGGAUGGGGUGAAGGUGGUGGUGGGUGGUGCUGGCGGUGGUGCGGGUGGUGGUGGUGGUGGUGUGGGGAGGGAGAGAGAGGAGGGUGAUGGGAGUGAGUGAGUUACCGAGUGAGUGUGUGAGUUUGAGAGUGAGUGAUUGGUUUAGUAUCUUAUAAUUUAGUAGUUUUAUUAUUUUUAUUAUUAUUUCUGCAUUUAUUUUCCGAGUGUGAGAAUUAUUAUUAUUAUGACUGCAUUUAUUUUCCUUAUUUUUGUGUUUAUUUGCGAUUUUAUUUACGUUAUUUAUAUAUGUUUUCUCGGUACUUAUUGUCCCUCGCUCAGUCUCUCGGCAAGUUCGUGGUACUUAUGAUUUUUUUUUCUCUCCUUCCCUCCUUUCUUCAUUCAUUCCUAUCCCCUCAAUAUUCUUCCCUUCCUUCAUUCCUCCUUCAUUCCCUUUCUUUGCCAUUCCUUCCUUCCUUCAUUUAUUCCUAUCCUCUCAUUUUCAUUUUGUUUCUAUCCUUCCUUCAUUCUCUAUCUCCAUCAUUCAUUCUGAUUUUUGUUUAUUUUUUCUUUCUUUUCUUCCUUCCUCCUUUAUUCCCUUUCUUUGUCAUUCUUUCCUUCCUUCAUUCCUAUUCUCAUUGACUUUUUCUUUUUCUCCUUCCCUCCUUCAUUCCCUGUCUCCGCCAUUCUUUCCUUCCUUCCUUCCCUUCCUCCUCC